AUGUCGGCAGCACCCGCCGUCGCACCCGUCGUUGCACCAGCUCCGAUGGCUUCCCGCUCAUCCCCGUCCCGCCGCCCGGUUGAAACGAGCCUGGACGUCCUGCCCGCCGAACUGCAGAACACAAUCAUGGAGCAGAAGUUCGCUCAGAUCAAGGAGCAGCGUCAGGAUGCACGCACCGUUCUCCGCGAGGCCAAGCAGCGUACGCGCAACCAGCAGACCGAUCAGCAGAUCCUGCAGCUAAUGCAGGCGGACGAGCGACUGGCUGCCCUCCUGUCGCAAGCGGCCGACUCGAUGCGCGCUCUGCUGCCCGUUCCGCCUCCGGACGCUGCCGAUGGUGCCGACGCAGCAGCUGGCAGCAGCAGUGCUUCCUCAACACACGGCGCCAAAGCAUUCGAAGAAAAGGCCCAGCAGUGGUUCUCGAUCCUCAACGAGGUACAAUACUCGCUCCGCAGCGCGGUUCGCUACCUCCGCGAAGCGCAACUGUCGCCCCUCACACCGCCCGCCGGACCCGAAGCGCGCCUGCGCGGCCGAGCAGGCUCGAUGAGUCGCGGCCACAAUCUGUCGCUGCUCGAAGUGUUUGCCGACAUCAGCGGUCUCGAUGGCGCGACUUUCAAGCUUCCCCCCGCCGACCCGCGGCCGACUUCGCGGUCCCCCUCGUCAUCAGGCGCCGGAACGCCAACGUCGAUGACCUUCCCACCAGAAGGCAGCCUCAGCCUGCACGCGCUGCGCGAGAGGCAGCGCAACUGGAAGGCUCUCUCCAGCUCGUUGCAGCAGAUCCACCAGAACCAACGCGCAACCUCACCCAAGCCGAGCGCCGAGAUCAGUCUACUGGAGAGCAUCAAGAAUGGAUGUUCGAGCGAUCGGAUCUUGAUUGAGGCGCUGGUGAAUACCAACCACUUGGCGUGA